AUGGACCCCAAGGAGCCAUUAAGUGCCCCCAGUAGAGAAGAAAUCCCCAGCAGUGCGCUUGGUCGAGAGAGGGGAAAUGUGAUGGACUUCUAUAAAACCCUGAGGGGAGGAGCUCCUCUGAAGGUUUCUGCAUCUUCGCCCUCACUGGCUGCUGCUUCUCAGUCAGACUCCAAGCAGCAAAGGCUUCUGGUUGAUUUUCCAAAAGGCUCAGGAAGCAAUGCGCAGCAGCCCGAUCUAUCCAAGGCAGUUUCACUGUCAAUGGGACUGUACAUGGGAGAGACAGAGACAAAAGUGAUGGGAAAUGACCUGGGAUUCCCACAACAGGGCCAAAUCAGCCUUUCCUCUGGGGAAACAGACUUUCGGCUUCUGGAAGAAAGCAUCGCAAACCUCAGUAGGUCAACCAGUGUUCCAGAGAACCCCAAGAAUUCGGCAUCUGCUGCUGUCUCUGCUGCCCCCACAGAGAAGGAGUUUCCAAAAACUCACUCUGAUGUGUCUUCAGAACAGCAGAAUUUGAAAGGCCAGAAGGGCAGUAACGGGGGUAAUAUGAAGUUAUAUACCACAGACCAAAGCACCUUUGACAUUUGGAGGAAAAAGCUCCAGGAUUUGGAGUUUUCUUCUGGGUCCCCAAGUAAAGAGACAAGUGAAAGUCCUUGGAGCUCAGACCUCUUGAUAGAUGAAAACUGUUUGCUUUCUCCUUUGGCAGGAGAGGAUGAUCCAUUCCUUCUGGAAGGAAGCUCGAAUGAGGACUGUAAGCCUCUUGUUUUACCGGACACUAAGCCUAAAAUUAAGGAUAAUGGAGAUUUGAUCUUACCAAGUCCUAGCAGUGUGCCACUGCCCCAAGUGAAAACAGAAAAAGAAGAUUUUAUCGAACUCUGCACCCCUGGGGUAAUUAAGCAGGAGAAACUGGGCCCAGUUUAUUGUCAGGCCAGCUUUUCUGGGGCCAAUAUAAUUGGUAAUAAAAUGUCUGCCAUUUCUGUUCAUGGUGUGAGUACCUCUGGGGGACAGAUGUACCACUACGACAUGAAUACAGCAUCCCUUUCUCAACAACAGGAUCAGAAACCUAUUUUUAAUGUCAUUCCACCAAUUCCUGUUGGUUCAGAAAAUUGGAAUAGAUGCCAAGGGUCUGGAGAUGAUAACUUGACUUCCUUGGGGACUUUGAACUUCUCUGGUCGAUCUGUUUUUUCUAACGGCUAUUCAAGCCCGGGAAUGAGGCCGGAUGUGAGCUCCCCCCCGUCCAGCUCCUCGGCGGCUGCGGGGCCGCCCCCCAAACUCUGCUUGGUGUGCUCAGAUGAGGCUUCGGGGUGCCACUAUGGGGUCCUGACUUGUGGAAGCUGUAAAGUAUUCUUCAAAAGAGCAGUGGAAGGUAGUCACAAUUAUCUUUGUGCUGGAAGAAAUGAUUGUAUCAUUGAUAAAAUUCGAAGAAAAAACUGCCCAGCAUGCCGCUAUAGAAAAUGUCUUCAAGCUGGAAUGAACCUGGAAGCUCGGAAAACAAAGAAAAAGAUAAAAGGAAUUCAGCAGGCCACUACAGGAGUCUCGCAAGAAACUUCUGAAAAUCCUGCUAACAAAACAAUAGUUCCUGCAACAUUACCACAGCUCACGCCUACGUUGGUGUCACUGCUGGAAGUCAUUGAACCCGAGGUGUUAUAUGCAGGAUAUGACAGCUCUAUUCCAGAUUCAACUUGGCGGAUCAUGACCGCACUCAACAUGUUAGGUGGGCGGCAGGUGAUUGCAGCAGUGAAAUGGGCAAAGGCAAUACCAGGAUUCAGGAACUUACAUCUGGAUGACCAAAUGACUCUACUGCAAUAUUCAUGGAUGUUCCUCAUGGCAUUCGCCCUGGGGUGGAGAUCAUACAGACAAUCAAGUGCAAAUAUGCUGUGUUUUGCUCCUGAUCUGAUUAUUAAUGAGCAGAGAAUGGCUUUACCCUGCAUGUAUGACCAAUGUAAACAUAUGCUAUAUGUUUCCUCUGAGUUAAACAGGCUUCAGGUAUCUUAUGAAGAGUAUCUCUGUAUGAAAACCUUACUGCUCCUCUCUUCAGUUCCUAAGGAAGGCUUGAAGAGUCAAGAACUAUUUGAUGAAAUUAGAAUGACCUACAUCAAAGAGCUAGGAAAAGCCAUUGUCAAGAGGGAAGGAAACUCCAGUCAGAACUGGCAGCGGUUUUAUCAACUGACAAAACUCUUGGACUCCAUGCAUGAUGUGGUUGAAAAUCUUCUUAACUAUUGCUUCCAAACAUUUUUGGAUAAGACUAUGAGUAUUGAAUUCCCAGAGAUGUUAGCUGAAAUCAUCACCAAUCAGAUACCAAAAUAUUCAAGUGGAAAUAUCAAAAAACUUCUGUUUCAUCAAAAGUGA